AUGGACACACUACGAUUGAGUUCUCCUUAAAUUGAUUUUGAAUAUAAUAAAUUAGACAAUAUGCAUUCUACCAUCACUUUAUAUAAUGAUACUCAACAUCCUAUUGCUUAUAAGGUAUUUUUUUAUUUAAUUCUGAUUUUUAGUUUAAGGCUACUAAUCUUAACAUUUUUAUGGUUAGACCUCCCUAAGGAAUUGUUUUAUCAAGACAGAGUUAAUUAGUCAAUAUCACACUUCAUAGCAAAGUUCUUGAAAAUAAUUCAAUUAAAGAAUUCAAUGAAAAAAUAUAAUUGAUUACAACCAUCAUCCAUCAAGGUGUUCAAGGUGUUCAGGAUAUUGGAUCCUUAUUCUUAGAUAAAAUAAGGAGAUUUGAAAAACAAAGAAUUAAUAUUGCUAUUCUUACCAAAGAUAGAAAAAUUGUUGCAUAAAGCCAAGGAAAUUCAAGUCAAAUGUUUUAAUCAGUUAAUAAAUAAUUUGGAUAGGUUGAACCAGCACGUGUCAUUGCAAUUCCUACAGCUGAUAAGGCUUAAAUUGAAGCUGAAUACUUUUGCAAUAAAUUUGAAGUAUUACAACAAGAAGUCACUAAAAAAGAAUUAGAAUUGGUAACUAAUAUUUUAAUUAGAAUAGCAAGAUGUAUAAAAAUUUAACAAUAUUUUGAUUGAAAGAGCAAAUAUAAAAUCAGCAUCUGGAAAAUUGGAUAAACUCAUUUUCCUCAUGUCCUUUUUUUUGUCUUUUUUAUUAAGUUUAUAUUACCAAAAUCAAAUUAUAUAAGCAAUCAAAUUAUGA